AAAAACGAAGAAAGAUUCAGCAGAAGUGUUCAAAAGAGAAGAUGUCUUCCAAUGGCAGUCAAAUCCGAAGGGAACGAGACAGACAGAAAGAAGGGAGAAGCAAAGAAAUCAUCUGGGUUUUGGAGAACCGAUGGAUAGGCUAGAUGGACCACCACGUCUCAUCCUUGUCACUGAUCUUGAUUGCACAUUGGUUGAUCACGAUGAUCCUGAAAACACCCAUCUUCUUAGAUUCAAUGCGCUCUGGGAAGCUCACUAUCGCCAUGAUUCCUUGCUUGUUUACUCCACCGGGAGGUCCUUGCGUUCUUACUUGAGUCUAAGGAAGAAGAGGCCGUUGUUGACUCCGGACAUCGCCAUAACUUCUGUCGGUUCUGAGAUUGUAUACGGCGGUGGUGAAUCGAUGGUGUCGGAUGAUGUUUGGGAGGCUCGUUUGGGUGAAAUGUGGAACAGAGACAUUGUUGUUGAGGAAACCUCUAAAUUCCCUCAACUUGAGCCGCAGCCAGAGAAGAGCCAAGAGCAGCACAAAGUGAGUUUUUUCGUGGGAAGAGAACAAGCUUUAGAAAUAAUGAAGGUUCUUCCAGGGAUAUUAAAGGAACGUGGGGUGGAUGUGAAGCUGGUUUACAGCAACGACUACGCUUUCGAUGUAUUACCAAGAGGAGCUGGCAAAGGAGGUGCUCUGACUUAUCUACUUGAAAAGUUGGAGAUUGAAGGGAAGCAGCCUUCUAACAUACUUGUUUGUGGUGACUCUGGAAACGAUGCUGAGCUCUUCAACAUUCCUCAAGCGUAUGGUGUAAUGGUUAGCAAUUCGCACAAAGAACUAUUGCAAUGGCAUGAAGAAAAUGCAAAGGACAACCCAAAUAUAUUUCUUGCGUCCGAGAGAUGUGCAGCUGGCAUCAUAGAAGCCAUUCAAAGGUUUAAUUUGGGAUCAAGCGCCUCUCCAAGAGAUUUUCUGGAUACUGAAAAUUUCCACGUGGAAAAUUUGAAUCCUGCUCAUGAGGUUGUUCAGUUUUACUUGUUUUAUGAGAGAUGGCGUUGUGGAGAGGUGGAGAAGUCUGACAAGUAUUUGCAAAAUAUAAAAUCACUCUCUAGUCCACUUGGUAUAUUUGUUCAUCCGUCUGGGGUGGAGAAACCGAUACAUGAAUGGAUAGAUGAGAUGGAAAAAUUACAUGGGGAUGGCAAGGAAAAGCAGUUUCGCAUCUGGUUGGAUGCAGUUUCGUCUUCUCAUGUCACUUCAGACUCAUGGCUUGCAAAAUUCGACAAGCACGAGUUAUCUGAGGGAAAAGUACGGUCUUGUUCAACAAGAGUCUUACUGAGUUGUCAGGGGGAAAAGAAAAAGCUGACGUGGAUGCACAUCCACCAAUCAUGGCUAGAUGAUUCCUGUUCAGAUGAUCAAGAGAAAUGGAUUUUCUAAAUCUGGACUGACAUAUUAAGAUGAUACCUGUUGGGACAGGAGCUAACUAAAAGAGCAGAGUGUUUGUUUUUGUGUUAUGCUGUUUGAAAUGGUGUGAAUUUGAUAAGCAUGAAGGAGAAUAAAAGCUGAAGAAGAGUGGUGUUGCUAUCUCUAGCUUGGUUUCAUUAAUACUCUUUGACAUAUUUAGGUUGAUUGAAAAGUAUGCGGUCUGUCUUGGAUGAUUGGUUCGUUUAGGACCUUUUGUGGCACGGAGAGUUUUGGGUCUCUCUCUACAAUAAAACCCUUCAUUUCUUUGGUUCAGUUAUUCCUUUGUUCAUUGGUUAUAUACUACUUUUAUGCUUGUUGAUUGUUGUCUUCGACACUGAUAAAAGAAAGAACUCGUGUUUCAUUUUGCAAUUCUUUUUUCUUAAGAGGAAUGCAGAUGGAUGGCACGAGCCGUAUGGUAAGUCUUGACCGAGGUGUGCGUGGAUAGACUUACUUUGAUCACAUUCAAUUACCUAAAAGCCAAAAGAGGAGAGAAAUCAUAAGAAUUUGUUGUGAAUCUGUUAUAAGACCGAGAAACCAUUUGGUUCGACUUUUUUGUUCUGUUUAGUUUUAUUGUUUGUGGUAAGAUUGAUCUCAUUGGAGAAACCCCAAUAGCCAUUCUCUUGUACCUGGAAAAUGACAAUUUUUGGUCUUUUUGCUUAUGAGU